GCAUAAAGCAUGUACGGAACUACUAGCGAAUUCACAACUUGCACUGACUAGCAGCGUGACAGUGACAUUAGAUUCUGUCAAAUUAUAAAAAUGAAAGGUGGGUUCUGCGGGUAGGCUCUGCUUGCAUUGAGUUUCGCAAAUUAAUUAAUUUACAUAUCGGCGUCGCAUGAAUGUGUGAUUUUAUCAUGUAUAUCAGUGAACGUUAAAUGCGAAAUUCGAAUUUUCAAAUCGGACUUAUUGUGUGGUGUUUCAACGAAAUAUAAAACGACGAGUGACGCUGACUGGUGUUGAUGUCAGAAACCCAUGUUUUGCGACAAAACAUUGUGUAAAUUAGGCACGGAGAGAACAAGUCGCCAGUAUGUCUAGCUCCAAAGAAAAUAAUACUAAUAAUGAGGCACACGAAUCAUUGUUAUAUUCUGCCAGGCAUGGAGAACUGUCUGUGGUCAAGGCGAUGUUGGAAGCGAAGGAUGAAGGGAAGUUGACUAUUGAUAUCAAUUGCAAAGGCAAAAACAAAACAAAUCUAGGUUGGACUCCACUUCACUUGGCCACAUAUUUCGGACAUAAGGAUGUAGUAGAAGCAUUAUUAGAGGCUGGUGCCAAUGUAGACGAAGUCAAUGACACCGGCGACUCUGCGCUACAUAAAGCCUCCUUUAUUGGAAAUGAGGAACUAGUGAUCCUCCUAUUAAAAUACAAAGCUGACGUCAAUAUAAUGAACGGCGAAGGUCGGACGCCAUGUGACAUGUCUAAGACGAGAGACGUGCAAAGAUUGCUCGAGGCUGCUGGGAGGGCGGAGAGGCACGAACGAGAACUAAGACUACUGACAGCCGCCAAGGAUGGCAGGAUUGAAGAUAUUCAGGAAUUGCUAAGCAGUCCGAAUCCCCCAAAUAUAAACUGCGUAGAUGCGCAAGGCAACACGUGUUUACACUGCGCAGCGUACAGAGGGCACACCAGGCUCGCUGUGUUACUUCUACAGAAUGGAGUCGAUACUACGCUCAGGAAUAAUAGUGGUCAGUUAGCAAUAGACAUGGCUAAAGACACAGAGAUGCGUGAAGUUUUAAGUGUGCGGCCGGUGCAGCGGUUACAGAGAACUGCCGCGAGGUUCGAGGGUCCGCUGAUGAAGAGGUCACGGUUCUUGGGAUGGAGACCAGUUUGGGCGGUAGUACAGCGCGGCGUGCUCCUGUACUACGGGUCCCGCGCGGAGGCGGCGCGGGGCGGCACGCAGUGGCGCGGCCGCAAGUACCUGGACGGCGCCACGCUCAGCGCGUCCGACACCGACCCCGCCGCCAUACUACUGCGCUUCAGCGACGGCGACACGCAUCGCCUCGCCGUACAGGCUGAACGAGACGUGCCUGCCUGUCGACAGCAAUGGAUAACUGCAUUGAACGAGCACAUUGCAUACUCUGGCCACUAUCUGUGGGCGGGCGCGUCGCCAGACACAGCGCGGGAAGCUACAGAGGACUUGGAAGACGAAUGUAAACCAUUGGGUUCGAUGCAGGACGCGCUGACGGCGGCGACGAACAGCCUGGCCCUGCUGGACACGCAGCUGCGGGAGUGCGCCGCCAUAGUGGCCGCGCUCGACAAGUCCCUCAACGUCGGCACCUCGCUACACCACUCCGCUUACAUGCGCUUCCAACACGUUUGUGGUACGGGUUCGGAAGCUUUAUCAGCGUUACGUCAUUGCGCUGCGCUUGUAGCUCAGGCCAGGGACGCAGACUCCGCCAGACUUAGCAGAGAGAUAGAACGCAACCGCGUGUUAGAAGAGGCUCUCGCGGCGUUAGCGAGAACGCAUCACGCGUUGGAGAUGUCAGUCGCAGAAGAACUAACUAAGAGCAAAAGAAAGAAAAAGUCGAAAUCAUCAUCCACACUGAACGACUCAAAAGAAAAUUUCUUUGAUGUUUUUGAAGAAUCAGAAGAUGAAGACGACACGUUGGUGACGGCCGGACUGUCGAGUCCUCUCGGCGCUCUCAGUCCGUGGGGCAGCAGUCCAGACUUGACCAGACGAACGCCUAUAGGCAGUCUAGAUGGUGACAAGACUCCAACAAACGAGGAACAGGAGGAGCGCUACUUGCGUCGUCUAUCAGGGUCGUCUGGGUCCCCGGUGUCGCUGCACACGGCCGUGAGCGCGGCCUCGUCCCGCGGCACUCUGGUCUCACAGGGCGGACAUGUCUACAGGAACGCGAGGCCUUACCGCAAAAAUACACAUCCGAGUUCUCAGUGGUCUAUUUAGAGUAUUGUUACUGGUCAGUAUGGAACAAGUAAAUGAAUAAUAUUAGCCUUAGCUAACAAGUUAGUUUACACAUCUAGCACAAAUAUGGACUAACCGCACAAAAUGCAAUUAUUGCACUUUCAUCUUUAGACUAAGACGAAUGUCCUGAGUGCGAAUAAAGAAGUAUUUAAUAUUUAGUUUUGUGAUAUUGUGUAUUAUGUUUGGAAUAGAAUGCGGUGUUCUUAAAAAACAUCCGUCGUUCAUUCGUAACGUAAUGUUUGUGUUUCGCCGGCAAUGAUACGGCCUGCUACUGUAGGGCACGAAGGCUCCGUCUCCGACGAUCAGACGGCACGAUUCAUUGUAUCCUAGGAUAGUCGGGCACUCUCGAUCGCCCCACCACCCCCACAUUAACAUGACUAACAUCCUAACAGCGAUGAUAACAAACAAUCCAUCGCAACUUAGGGACUUGGGAGCUACCAUGACAAAUACAGACAUGCAGAAAUUUAGACACAAUACGCUUCAACUCUUCUCUCUAAAGGUUGACCUACUUGAGAAAAAUCAUAAGAAGUACAAUGGAAUGUGCCGUCUGAUCGGUGCUUGAUGCCUGAGCAGGUCGUGGCAGACAAAUGGCAGUUCCAUGUAUAAUAAUGACUAUCAAACGCUGUUUUGUAUCAGUACCGAACUCUACUCAGUUGGAAAAAGCUAGGAAAG